AUGGCAAACGCUGAUCCCUUCUCAAUAUCUACACUACUCAGUUCUUUACAACAUCUACGUUUCACCUCCGCAACACAACCCAUGACGACUCCGGCCGUUCCUCCUCCUCCUCCACGUGGCAUCCUCUUCACCAUUCCUCAACCAAGAUACGACCCUCAACCUCUAAACAACUCAUUCCCCGGCGGAUUCUUAACUCCUCACUACCUGGACUCUCGUUUGCAGUCGAUGUUCAACCUCAUGACUAACAGCAAAGAAGAAUAUAACAUUGGUCCGUUCAAAGAAAUGGUCUCAAGGUUGUCCAGAAGAGAGCUUCAAAAGAUGGCGUAUCUGCUGACGUCAGAUCCCGACUACUUCUUGGAGAUCGCAAGAAACAAGAACGGCUCUCACCGUCUACAGAGACUCCUCGGAAAAUCAGACGACGCGGACAACUUAUUCUUCGCAGCGAUCUUGCGUCGCUUCCUCCACGUCAUGACAGAUAGGUACGCGUCCUACGUGGCACUUCGAGGGAUGCAAGUUUUUGACGACAAGAAGAAAGAGUUGAUGUAUGACGCAUACAUUCUCCCCCACGCGCUUCAACUGGCCUGUGACAGACACGGCUACAUCGCCCUCAAGGAGGUAAUAACCGACUUGGACCAUCCUUUCUACAGAAACCAGCUCUUGGACAUAGUCGCUCUCAACGCUCUCUCCCUAAGCUACGAUGCUUACGGGAACUAUGUGGUCCAACACGUGCUUACACUGAAUGACUUGCGUUGCACGUUAAACAUUGCGGUUAGUCUCGUUGGCCAUUGCGUUGAGCUCUCGUUCGACAAGUUUGGAAGCUACAUCGUGGAGAAGCUUUUGGAGACGGAGGAGUCUAUGGUUCUUGUGGUGGUGGAAGAGCUUUUGAAGUGCGGAGGAGAUAGGUUGCUGAGGCUGGCGAGGAAUGAGUUUGGGAGUUUCGUGGUGGUCAAGGCACUGAGAGUCACGCAGAAGAUGAAUAGGGUUGAUCUGUUUAGGGGUUUGGUGCAGAAACUGAUGCCUUUCCGCCAUCUCUUGCGUAUGCCUCGUGGGAGCAAUACUAUAGCAGCAAUCAUUGAGUCGGUUUGUUAGUUCUCUGUCUCAAACUAGUUAAUUAUGUU